UUUUGAACUGUUGUGCAUUAUUUCUCCUUGCUCAUCUGAUUUUACUUAUGUGUUUAGUGUCCGCCUGAUUACUCGGCUUUAGCUGUCAUACUCGCAUUUUUAUUCUGACAUAUAUAGCAAUGAGUAACGUAAGAUCUCGUGACGCAGGUUUUUAGAAAGGGAGUUACUUUUGAACUGUUGAUCUGUGAAAAUGCGACACGCACGUGAGGUGACAUAUACGAUGCUCAUGAGAGCGUAUGCCACAGCUUCAAAGACUGAGACCGUCGCUUCUAACAGGAAAACAGGACUGAAAGCAGCAGAUAUCGCGAACAGACUCCGGAGUGAAAAAGAAAAACGGACAGAUGACAAAAAUGAGGUUCCGGUGUCACCUCUACAGAACAGAGUGAAUGAACUCAAACAGUUCACUCAGCAGCUACAGUCUAUUCACCCUAGUGUGCUCGCAAAAGCUCUUUACAGGAGCAUGCUUUAUGAAGACCAAAACAUAAUCGCCAUAAAUAAACCAUAUGGUGUGCCUUUGCAUAAUGUAGAUGGCAUCAGAAACUGCAUUGCAGAGUGUCUGCCUUUGCUGGCAAAGAUAACUGAUGGCAUGCAGGCAGGAUCACAGUUGCAUUUGUGCCACAGUCUAGAAAAAGAGUCUACUGGAGUUUUGAUCCUGGCUAAAACAGAGGAAGCAGCUGAACAUGUACAAACACUCAUCAGAUCACACAAAGUGGAAAGGACAUUCUUGGCGGUCACUGUAGGUGUGCCUGUUCCAUCAGAGGGGGUGAUUGACAUUCCUAUUAUAGAGAAGGAGGUCAUGGGGCCUCAGCCGCAUUUUAAGAUGGGUCUGAGCCCAUUGUUCAAAGUGAAUGAGGAGGGAGAUGGAGUGACCAGGGUGAGAGCUAAUCGGCAGGCACAAAAUGCAGUCACACAGUAUCGGGUUCUGGACAGCACCAGUGGCUGCAGCUUGGUGGAACUACAGCCUGUCACAGGUGUAAAAAACCAACUUCGAGUACACAUGGCUCUUGCUUUGACCUGCCCCAUUCUCGGAGACCAUAAAUAUGCUCACUGGAACAAACUAGCACCCCAGAAGCUGCCAGAGGGCACACUGCGACGGCUGGGCUUGGUGCAGAGUAAAACACGAUAUCUCCCUCUUCACCUGCACUCCCGAAGGAUCGUUCUGCCACGGGUCAAAGGUCAUGGCGACAUUACGGUGUCCUGCCCCCUUCCUAAAUACUUCACCAAUGCCUUGAAGAGACUACAGAUACCACUACCAGGAAAAGAAUGAAAUGGAUCACACAGCUAUUAACUCCUAUUGAAAAGUGUUAACAGUUGCAUUGGAUUUGAUUUUGUAAAAAAGGUCAUGUACAAAUCGGAUAUUUUGUUGUUGUGCGUUCUGAAGGGUUUGGUUCCAGACUUUGUAAUAAAAGAUCACUGAAAAUGUUUAAUGGAGAAAAAUUACAUAUUUUGCCCAACCUGUAA